AUGGUUCUGUUCGGUGUCUGGCUAAUAGCGCUGUUGUUUUGCUGGGGAAGCAGUCAUGAGCUGAGUGGACACGAAAUCAAGGAGCAUGAACCAUGGUAUAAGCAUCGUCCAUUCAAAGUUCAUCCACUGGCACUCGUCGGCUACCGAAAAGCAUUUCUAAAAUAUAGAGGAGGCUUCGGAGGCGGAGCUGAGGAGUACGAACCAGUGGCAUCUGCGAAGUUUGUGGAAAGCAAAGGAUACAAACUAGAAGGAUUAGGCAAUAAGGAAGUUCACGAGCCUCCGAAGUACGAACCCGAGCCUCCGAAGUACGAACCCGAGCCUCCGAAGUACGAACCCGAGCCU